CCGGCUCAGUUACGCGCUAACAGUCUCACCUGACACUCCGAACAGAGCGCUACUACACUUUUCCACGGACCACCGCACUCCGCUCUUCCGACUGGAAGACGCGUUUUUCUUCUAAGUUCGACUAGCACAGCUCGAAACUGUUGGAGGCGGCGACGUGGGCCGGGGGUGGCAGGAUGGAGGCCGGCCACAUGUACCAGGCGCAGUUCCAGCCGCAGGAGCCCUACUACGAUUGCUGGAACAACAACAACAACAACAACACAAGCCUGAAUUUGCACAACAGCAGCAGCAACGCGUCGUUCGGGUGCUGGGAGUCGGCGAGCGGCGGCUCGACGGGCGCCUCGCCGCCGACGCAGGCCUCCCUCGAGCUGAUCCGCGGCCGCAUCGUGUGCCGCGGCGGCCUGGGCAGCGGCCGCCGGCGCAGCGAGCGGCCGCCGUCGCCGACGGUGGUGAAGAAGCGGCGACUGGCGGCGAACGCGCGUGAACGCCGACGCAUGAACGGCCUGAACGAGGCGUUCGACCGGCUCAGAGAGGUCGUCCCGUCGCUCGGCAACGACCACAAGCUCUCCAAGUUCGAGACCCUGCAGAUGGCGCAAACCUACAUCUCCGCCCUGUGCGAGCUGCUGGACCGCUCCGGCGGCAGGUGACCCUCGCUGGACAUUGACAUUCAGGCCUAGUUAGACCCGUGCAAACAAUGGCGGAAAUCCGGAGUGAAAUUCUAUUUUUAGCCUAGUCUGGAUUUAAUUAUUUUAACGGAUAUUUUAGUGUGGUGAAAAAAUACUCUCUGUUAUAUUAGAGUUGCAAUUUGAUAUUAAAUUUUUGGUAAUAAGAAAAAAUGCAGCGCAGCAAAAAGGAAAAAUUUCAGGUAAUCUCUCUCGUCAGGGCUGGGCAUGGGAAUUUUUUGCAAAUUUGUUUUAUUUUGCGGCUAGUUUCUCCCGUUUUUUUUUGCAAAAAAAUUGCAGCUAUUGAUUUUUGCCUUUUCAGCUCUCUUGCCAACUUUUUAACAAAAAAAUUUAAUAAAAUUUGUUUUAGAUAUUUUUUACGAAAAAAAAACAAAUGAAAAAUACCAAAAGCUGUGGACCCCAGAUUUUCAGAUACCAUUUUAACAAAUAUGUUUUAAUGGUAAAACUGGUCAAUUUUGAGUUAUAAGCUUAAUAAACCGCGCGAAACUGGUAAAAAAACGCAAAAAAACACUGCAUUCAGGUCCUCUUCCCUCUGUAAUAGUGCAGAAUAAGGUAAAAAAUGACAUUAUUUUCACAAUUUAUUGAUUUAUUCUUCCUAAAAGAAACUAAAACCCCUUAAAUGCAUCGUUUUUGUUCACUGCACGCUUUGAAAUCUCUACGCGCCUGUCAUUUUUAGUCUUGAAGAUAGUCAAAAUCAUUUUUUUUUUUUUGUAAUAACACUCCUUCAUUUUUUUUGCUCGGAAAGUAGCAGGAAACUUGAAAAAUUCAAAAAUUAUUUUAAGUGGAUCAAAGUCCCGAAAGUAACUGUUGCAAAAUUGAAUAUUUUUUUCGAUUUGAAGAGUUUAUCGAAAAAUUAGCGGAAAAAUCGCUUAAAAUCUCCUGAAAAGAACUUUAAUACAGGCAAAAACGAGAAACACGCGUCAUUUGGUCCAAAAUGUCCAAUCUUUCAAUCUCCGAUGAACAAUUUAUAGGUCCAAAAAAUACAAAGACAUUUUUGCAGCGUUUUUAAUGCCGUGCAAAAUACCUGCAUUAGUUAAUCUGCGACAGGGACAAAAAUAAUUGUACAAUAUGCGAAUUUUUUAUUAGUUUCCGCCGCUUCCCCAUCAUCUGAAUCGUAAAAAUAUCAAUUUUUCAACUAGAAAAGCAACUAUAGAGCCAAGAACAUCUAAAUAUCUUGUCGCGAUUGCAAUUUUUCUUAUUCCUUUCGCUAAAAAUUAAAAGAGGCCAUGUCAAUUUAUCAAUUUUCAAGCCCGAAUAAUGCAGAAAGAUCGAAAAUAGAAUUUCACAGCCAUUUCGACGCCAUUUCCAGCCAAGUGCGAAUUCCGUCCGUUCGUCUAAUGCGAUCAAGACGCAUUUCUUCAGCAUUUGAGCCUCGGGUCACGCCGUCUGCCGGCGCGAAGACACUUUUGUUGUUGGUUUACUUAAAAAGUGAGUGCUGACUGGGGCUUUUUGGCCCGGACAAUCGAGUCGUGUGAGUCUGAUUACGUUAUAAAUAAGUAUUUUUGUACCGAGUUUAUACACAGCGCUUCUUUUGUGCGUGCCUAAUUUAUUGUGAAAAUAAACCUUUGAAGCAUUUUCGAAAA